AAAAAUGGGCCAGACCCAUGUAUGGCAUGUGUAAUUUCAAUUGGUACCGGUUCAUGUCCGGCUCAAGAUACAGAAGGAAUUGACAUGAAUUUCAAUUUCUUUGCAACAUGCACUUCGUCAAGUGGUCAACCUGUACGUUACUCUCGUGAGUGGUGUCAUUCACUGAACGUGCCCUUCUUUCGCUUUUCGCCAAUGAUGAGGACAGCUGUGCAACUGGACAACACGGAAAGAGAUGUUAUCAUGCAAAUGCUUUGGGAAACAGAGUGCUACAUUCGAGGAGAAGGAAAGUACGAACUUCAGCAACUUGCACGGUUUUUGGAAUUGAAGCCGCUCUCAGGUAAGAACGAAUGGGAGCGCAGCCAUGGACUUGACGAAAGAGCCGAUAUGGAACUAGCUACAGCUGCUGCUGCCGAUCUGACAGACAGAUUAGGUUUAGAUAAUUGA